AUGAUACAAAAAGAACAACAAGAUAAAUUUAAGGAAUUCCUUGAGAAAAGAAAUAAGGGAAAACUCUACUCCAGAUAUAAAUAGAUAGAAACUGAAGCCAAGAUAUGUGAUCUAGCAUUUGAUGACUAAAAUUUAAUUGCAGCACAUGAUGUAGACAUUGCGAUUUAUCAUAUUGAUUAAAAAAAUCAACUUUAAUCAGAAUUAAUUGAAAAUUUACAUUCCUAUUUGUUGUACUCUAUAUGUUUCAGCAAAUCAAACAACAUGUUUUUUACAGCAGGGUAUGAAAAGGAGAUAAAAUUAUGGUAAAAAUAAGAUAAUCAAUGGAAAUGCAUAUAGGUACUAAAUGGUCAUAAAGACUCUGUCAUAAUUUUGCUGUUGAACAAAGAUGAAAAUUAGUUAUUCUCUAGAAGCAGAGAUAAAACGAUUAAAAUAUGGCAGAAACAAGAUGUGAUCUGGAAUUGUGUUUAAACUAUACAAGCCCCAUCUGGAAUUGUCGAUUCCUUAUGCAUAAGUCCAUCAGGAAAUACACUAUCUUUCGGAUGUAAAAAUAAUUUAUUUAUAUGGUACUAAACCAAUUUGAAUAAAUGGAGGAAGUAUUAAGCAAUUAUUUCUGCUCAUACCUAAUUAAUAGAAUCUGUUUGUUUCAUUUAGGAUGAUGCAUAGAUAGCUUCAGGGGCAAAUGAUAUAAAAUUAUGGAAGAAAUGUGCAGUAAAUCAAUAGUAUAGAUUGACUCAAAUUAUUUCCACUUUGGGUAAUGUCUCAAUUAUGGAGUAUAACAACUUUAACUCACUCUUGAUAGCUGUAACCAAUAAAAAGUUUGUUUAAAUCUGGAAGGCAGAGGAUGAUUCUAACUUUUCACAUAAAUAAACAAUUCAAGUGGAGAAAUCAGAUAUUUUUUAUGAGGAAACUCAAUUUUAUGAGGUUGUUACUAUGUCUCAAAAUGGAUAAUUCUUAGCUUUAAAAGAUAAUUACAACGACUAUGUUGAUAUUUGGAAAUUGAAUUGA